AUGUUUACCGCAUCCACUCAGCCCAGAUUGACCGCUGGGGAUAACGGCAGUCACAAUUUCACUGUUGAUUUCGGUGAUGGCCCUUGCCUUACACUCAUGCCCGAUAGCAGCGUCACCACGCACACCGGCUUCCGAACGAAAUGUUACGUAAAUACAAUUAAUGGUUCUAUCGAAGAUACCAAAUCAGCCAGUAAAGAAUCGAAACAAUCAGGCUCGCGUUGUGGUACAAGGUCGUUCAUCGCGAACAUGUAUCGAAGAGUGCGUAACCACUUCUCUCGCAAAGAUUCGUCAGUAGAGUAUUCAGCGGAGGACGUCAAUAGACCACCUAAAUCUUUUUCGCCGUCAAAGACAAUUUGGAAAAAGUAUUUUGGGCACGGACCAGAUUCAUUGACCAAAACCUCGCGCAGGCAACCUCAUGGAGAUCCUUCCAUACCUAGCGAAUUGGAAGAUCUUCGACAGACUCUUCUACAUCUGACCUCUACAAACGAAUCACACCUCCCUGGCACUCUUCUUAUGCCAGAGGAUGUUGCUACGACAAAGCAAGGGACCAACAAUCAUGGUGAGUACCUGAGAAGGGAACGGGAAGCACGAUGUAAUUCCCAAAGGUCAUUACCUGAGAUUCCCACAACACCCCAAGCAUUAGGACAUCUUCAGGAGAUCGACGAUAAAUUGUUGAAGCUUCAAAAGAAGUCGGAUUCAAGGUUUGCAACGUUUGGAUAUGUUCAGCACUUCAAUGCGUUCUGA